GCCUCCUCCAGACGGAAUAGGCCAUUCAGAGAUCUGGGGGCGUGGCCUGUGUCCAUGGGGACCAGGGAUGGGCUCUGCCAAGCUCGCUGUUCACCCCCAUUGUUCGCUGAAUCGAGUCACUUGGAGCGGGGCGGAGUGGAGAGAAGCAAUCAAGGCGGUGGCGACGGGGCCAGCAGAAUAGCCAUGGAUAUGAUGAACAUAAUAGAUCAACCCAUCAAGGUGACAGAAUGGCAGCAAACAUACACCUAUGAUUCAGGCAUCCAUUCUGGAAUGAACACCCAGGUGCCAUCAGUCAGCAGCAAGGGCUUGAUGGAUGAAGAUGACCUCUAUGGCAAGCAGUACACCAUUAAGAAAACUACUACUUACAGCCAACCUGGAUCAGGGCAGGCCCAGACUCAAGCGGAAUUGGAGUCCCAGCUUGCAAUGACCCGUGCCCAGCGCAUCCGGGCGGCCAUGUAUCCAGAGACAGCUGAAGACCACACUCUGCUACUGACUACCCAAGUUGAGGGGCAGCAGACAAAUGUACAACGAUUGGCUGAGCCCUCUCAAAUGCUCAAGUCAGCCAUUGUGCACCUCAUCAACUACCAAGAUGAUGCUGAACUAGCCACUCGUGCUAUCCCUGAACUCACCAAACUGCUGAAUGAUGAAGAUCCGGUGGUAGUCAGCAAAGCAGCCAUGAUUGUAAACCAGCUGUCUAAGAAAGACGCCUCACGCCGGGCUCUUAUGCAGUCUGCUCAAAUUGUUGCUGCUGUGGUGCGCACCAUGCAAAACACCAGUGACCUGGAUACAGCCCGCUGCACUACCAGCAUUCUCCAUAACCUGUCUCACCAUCGUGAAGGGCUGCUGUCCAUCUUUAAGUCUGGGGGUAUCCCAGCCCUUGUGCGUAUGCUUAGCUCUCCAGUGGAGUCAGUCUUGUUUUAUGCCAUCACUACUCUUCACAACCUACUGUUGUACCAGGAAGGUGCCAAGAUGGCUGUUCGCCUUGCUGAUGGUCUUCAGAAGAUGGUCCCCUUGCUGACAAAGAAUAAUCCUAAAUUCUUGGCUAUCACCACUGAUUGUUUGCAGCUGCUUGCCUAUGGGAACCAAGAAAGCAAACUCAUAAUUUUGGCCAAUGGAGGUCCCCAAGCUCUUGUUCAAAUUAUGCGAAGUUACACCUAUGAGAAACUUCUGUGGACUACUAGCCGUGUCCUCAAAGUCCUAUCAGUCUGCCCCAGCAACAAGCCAGCCAUUGUGGAAGCUGGUGGUAUGCAAGCUCUGGGAAAGCACCUGACUAGCUCCAGUCCAAGACUUGUGCAGAACUGUCUGUGGACUCUAAGAAACCUCUCAGAUGUGGCCACAAAGCAGGAGGGUCUUGAUGGUGUCCUGAAGAUUCUGGUCAACCAAUUAAGUUCAGAUGAUAUCAAUGUGCUGACUUGUGCAACUGGUACCCUCUCCAAUUUGACUUGCAACAACAGCAAGAACAAAACCCUGGUGACUCAGUCAAAUGGAGUUGAAGCCCUCAUACACACUAUACUCCGAGCUGGAGACAAAGAAGACAUCACUGAACCAGCUGUGUGUGCUCUCAGGCACCUCACCAGUCGGCAUCCAGAGGCUGAAAUGGCACAGAAUUCUGUGCGGCUUAACUAUGGAAUUCCUGCCAUUGUUAAGCUGCUUAAUCAGCCCAACCAAUGGCCACUGAUCAAGGCUACAAUUGGCCUCAUCCGUAACCUGGCUUUAUGUCCAGCCAAUCAUGCCCCCCUACAAGAAGCUGCUGUCAUCCCUCGCCUUGUUCAGCUACUCGUAAAGGCUCACCAAGAUGCUCAACGUCAUGCAGCUGCAGGCACACAGCAACCAUACACGGAUGGGGUAAAGAUGGAAGAAAUUGUAGAAGGCUGCACAGGUGCAUUACACAUUUUAGCCCGAGACCCUAUGAACAGAAUGGAAAUCUUCCGUCUAAACACCAUUCCUCUCUUUGUGCAGCUCCUAUAUUCUCCAGUGGAAAACAUUCAGCGUGUGGCAGCCGGCGUACUGUGUGAGUUGGCUCAGGAUAAAGAGGCGGCUGAUGCCAUUGAUGCAGAAGGUGCUUCAGCACCAUUGAUGGAGCUUCUGCAUUCCAGAAAUGAGGGCACAGCUACAUAUGCAGCUGCUGUGCUGUUCCGCAUCUCUGAAGACAAGAACCCAGACUAUCGGAAACGUGUCUCUGUGGAACUCACCAACUCACUCUUUAAACACGACCCUGCUGCUUGGGAAGCUGCCCAGAGUAUGAUACCCAUUCAUGAACCAUAUGCAGAUGAAUUGGAUGGAGGAUAUCGUGCCAUGUAUUCUGGGGAAAUCCCUAUGGACCACAUGGACAUGCACAUGGACAUGGAUGGAGACUACCCCAUGGAUACAUACAGCGAUGGUGUGCGAGCACCUUACCCAGACCACAUGCUCGCCUAAUAUGUCCCUUGGACGUGUUGGGCAGGACUCAAGCAGAUGUUUCCUUAACACAGAAGAGGGCAGCCCCAGUGCUCAAGUUCUGGGCGUUCAGGAGACAGAAGUGCCUGAGAAAGAUGAUGACAAAUUUCUUCCUUUCCCUUUGAGGCGGUUUUAUUUUCUUGUUUCCCUCCUGUGGGCUUAUGGGACCGAUUCCCAGUCCAUAAUCUGUGCUGCAGCUAACAACAUUGUAAUAUUAGCAGUCAGCUAUUCUUUCUGCUCUUUCCCGCAAUAUUUUUUGUUAACAUUCACUAUAAUUUUUUCUUGCAAAUUUGAGCACUAUCCUUAAACUGCCAUUGGAUCCUGAUAAGUACUUUUAAACCUGUACCCUAAAACUAACACACACUGAUGAUAAAAUGUGUGAGAGAGAAAAAUGCAUACAUAGAUAGUGUGUUUGGUGCAGAGUUUUUCAUUUCAUAGGAUUGUAUUUGCCUCUUUGUAUUUUUAACACAAAUCAGAACUAAAUCAAAGGAGGAUAAAAUGAGAAUAUUUCUAUUAUAUCCCUUUUAUUUUUUACACAUUUAACUUUUAAAAAUAAAAUAGAAUCAGCCAUUGGGUGUAAAUUCACCAAGAAAUAAACAGCUUUGCAUUUGUCCAGUUUCUUCCAUUUUUUUUUAACCCAACUGGUGCAUUUGUGGAUUUGACACCUCAACCCAAUCAGAUUUUUAAUCUGCCGUAUAAACAGGAAUAACUAAAAAAAAAAAAGGUAACAACUCUUCCUGUUCACCAGGCCACCUUUUUCAUAUUUUUAAUCCAAUGCCCCCUUUUUUGUUCCUUCCCUUUCUCACAAUCUUCCUGGUGAUUGGCGUGCUCUCUUCCUCCUCCUAUUCCCUUGCUCCUUCUAAUGCAUUUUUAAAAGCAGCUCUCAAUGUGAUGGUUUAAGGCUUCCACUGGAAAAGGGAUCGAUGUAGCUGCAAUUGUACUUUAGAACAUUUUAUUAUUAUUUCUCUAAGGGAUUUUUUUUGUAUAGACCAAAGCUAGAAAAAAACCAACAAAAACAAAUAAAAUUUUAAACCUAAACUUGCAAUGCAAAUGAACUACUUUUUUGCGUUUACUUAGUAAAAUUCUGUUGAAUUGGGGUGGGGGGAAGCGCAAGAAUAUUCACAGAGGGAAAGGAUUGUGGAAAAUGUAUGUUCAAAUUAGGUUAUACAGAUUUAAACUAAGGGAAGGGGGAAUAUUUUUCCUUGACCCAGUUUUCUUGUAAGUGGUGGGCCUUGAGAGAGAACAUAGUGUGAUUUGGUGAUGUCUAAGACCAAAUGGUUAAAUAUUUGAAUUGGUGUGUUCAAUUUUAAUUAGAGAGGCUGAAAAGUGAGAGUACACAAUUUCCUAAGGCUGAUCUGGACUGCAGAAGGGAGAAGGAAGAAGAGAAUAAAAAAAGAAACUAUACAUUCUUGUGUCACACUGUUCAGAUUUCUUUGAAUUCUGUACUUUGAUCUUUCAAAAACAGCUUUCAUUGAAGUUGUGGUACUAAGCAGCUUUCAACAAUGCAUUGAAGGCAUCCAGCACGUAUUUGACUAAACCUUUUGUACUGAAGACAAAGUUCAAGAGCUUGGAAAUUCUUCCGUUAUGCAGAUAUAUAUCCGCAUAGUGGAAAGGCUAUACCUGGCUGCAUGUUGCAGCAGUUAAUGUUUGUUGAACAUUAACUGGUAUGCUGAUACGUUGUCAACAUGUGAAAUCACAAUUUGCCCUUGAAGUCAGUUGUGGAAGCUGACAUGUGAUCAGCUAAUCCAACUGCAGGAAACGGCUAGCUUUACACUAUCAUAAUCCUUUCAACUUCGAUUCCCAUCAAUAAGUACCAUGAGGAUGACCAAUGGGGAAAGACAGUCCUUGACUUAUGGCAGGUUACUUAACUAUUUGAAAUUACGACAAGCUCACAACAGGUGUUUUAUGGCCUUCAUAAAAUGUCUUCCCCCUCCCCCCCAAAAAUCUAUCAGGAUCAUGUGACUGCGUUUCAGUUGCUUGGCAACAGACUCGCUUUUAUAUGGACAAAAAAUAUUCAUUCAGAAAAAAUGGGUUUGCACUUAAAACUGCACCGUUUGCUUCAUGGCUGCAGAUUCAACAACGAUAGUAAUUCACUUCACCACCACUGCAAAAAAGGUCAAAAUCAGGUCUGAUCGCAUGGGUACCUUGACUUAUGACUGUAAUGACAUAACUCUAAAUCUGGUCCAUUGAAUUGCAGUCAUAAAUUAGGGACUACUUGUAUAGUCUAAAGUAACUGAAGAGCGCUCGUAUGGGAUGUGCCCACAUUUUCCAUUGUCUUAAUCCUUAAAGUAGUGAGAAGGUAGCUAUAGCUCCAAGGCCACAUGUAUUCUUUUUGCCCUCAGAUCUGAUCAUAAAUGCUCAAAACAACAGCAUAAUUUCAUGUUAGUUUAAGGUGGGAAACAACUGAAGUAGAAGACAGCUAUAUUGCAGAUAAAACUUCUCCGAAAGCCCAGUCUGAUGUCAUGUUAUAGGCCCUAGCCAUUUUUAACUUUUAUCCCCCCCACCCCCCACCCCCAUUUAAGAGACAUCCUUGUUUCUGCCUCUUCUAUGCUGCAGGAGUAUGUGGCUGUAAUCUACGUAUCUAUACCCCAGAAUGCUGCAAUGAUUCAGGUGUGCCACUUACAUGUAAACACUACAAAAUAUAUGUAUCAGAGAUGAAAAGGAAACUACAUGGAUAAAGUUCUUUUGUGUAGCUUCCUUUGCAAUUUAUCUCUUCUCCGUAAACAGUAACCUGUCCUGUCCUAUACUUCUAAAAUCUGUAUCAUGACUUCUAUUUUGGUUCCUGACACUAAGCAAAUUAUUUUUAACAUUCCCUGUUGAGCAGACAUCUUUUUCCCAAUGACAAUGAAACAUUGAGAAUAGAUAAAAUGUUAGCAAGUUUGUGACGUGCUAAACUUGUACAUCAAAAAUCCCAGUGAAGCAUUGGAUAGGAGUCAUAGUAUAUAAGAGCAAUCUUCUCUUGGGUUAAUUGUGUUUGUUGCAGAAACACUGCAAUAUCAGUUUCCUACAGCACAUGUGAUUAUUUAAAACAAACUUUUCCAACAUUUCCAGUUAUUUGGGACUGAAAUUCAUAACCUUCAUUGUCAAAGAUGAUGGCUGAAAAUUCUCAUUUUUUUUCUAGCCCUCCCUCCUAUAUGGACUCUGUAAAUUAUGGAAUUUCUAUGAUGAAACAGCUAUUUUCACCUAAUGAUAUUUAUAACUUUCUCUGAUGUAAUGGACUAGGAUAGCAAUCUCUCCCCCCCCCCCCAAUCUCCAGAUCAUUUGCCUUUCUCUAUAUUUAGCUCAACCCCCAGUGUUACAUAGGCCAAAAAGUUCCGUAAUUGUUUUCUAGGGGAAAAAAAGUAUCAAACAUCAACAUAAGCAAAGUUUCAGUGUUGAUACUGUACAUGACCAGGUUGUCUUGGAAUAAAGUGUAAAGAAGAAGAUCUUUAUACUUCCCCCCAUGUUUUUAUUCCCCUGAGAUUCAUUCUUUGGGUCUACAGCGCAAAUUGUAUUUUUUAAUAUCAUCCCGUGGGCCACUUAAUCUUUCUAGAAUGACAAAUAAAAGAAGUCAGGAUCAAAGGGAUCUAGGAAGCAAAGUUGUUUCUGUAUAACCAUUGCCAUCAAUGUCAAGCCACUUACUCUCUCCUGCCAGCUUACUGGUGUGAAUUAAAUUUUGUUUUGCAGAAUUAGAUAUGGUAUAAUCAAGGAGUCGGAGGAGAAUGGCAAGUUGGAUAACAGAGUAAAGGGAAGAUUAGAACUUCAGGGUUUUCCUUUCCAGCUACAGAAAAGCUACUUAAAAUAGAUCAUAAUGCCGACUGGGGUCUUUUCUUAAUUUCUAUACAUCAUGCUCCACAAGUUGCAAUUUUAAAGAAAACAAGAAGAAGCAACAUAGUAGACCGGAAAGCAAUAUUUUCUUCAGUUAUUUUGUCUACCAAAGAAUCAUGCUGACAUUCUGGCUGCAGAAUUAUUAAAACCAAUUUUAGUUUUGAUGUAACAGUUGGUUUCUUUUCUACUUUAAUGACUGCUUGGAAAGAUAAAUGAGCAAAUUAUAAUUGUCAGAUUGUUAGAUAAGAUUUUGGAGAGGGGAAUACUUUUGUGUUAUUCUUGGCUUCCCUUUGAAUAUAUAAAAUCCACCCAGUGAUUGUACACAGAGACAGUUACAAAAUACUAACCCUAAAUCUCAAUUACAUGACAGUGUUAUUACAUUCAAGCUAACUGGUUUGUGACUAACUUAACUACUGAAAACCCACCAUUGAGAUAUUUGAUAGCAAAUGGGAGACUUUAUUUAUUUACAGUUUGCUUGGUUAUAACCAACCCUCAGUCAAAAAUGACGGAUCUCAAAGUUAUGAUGAUGUCAGCAAUUUGGUGCUCCCUCAGUGUAGCAGGAAUUUAGGGUUCUGUUUGUUUUUUAGUAUUAGUGGCUUUUUCUGCCCAACGUAAACUCCCCCCUUCGGGGGAAAAGGGCAGCAUACAAAUGAAAUAAACAUUACUUCGAAUGAUAAGACCUGAAGAUGUCUGUAUUCACCUGAAUUUAUCUUCAGUGUAGAUUUGAGUUUAUGCUUCUGUUACUGAUAGCCAAUGUUUUGUAUCCCUAUAUCUGCAUGCAAAAACAAAACAAAAAAUUUUUAAUGUCCAUCUUCUGUACCACCAAUAACAGGAGCUAAUAUGAGAAAUUUGAACAAUCUCAAACAUUCUACUUAUGGAAAUAACUCACAAAUCUGUAAUUGCAAAUGUUAGUUUUACAAUUAUUUUAUAUUUAAUAUGAACAGGAAAGGUGGGGAAUAUGAAUUAAGAUUUUUGCAAUGGUAAAAAUGUUUUGGGAAUAUAAUUUUAAUUGUGUUGAUUUGAAUAUCAUAGUAUUCCAUCUUCAGUGUACAGUGGGUGAUUCAACACUAAGAGGUUGUUUUAAUGUAAUGGAACUUUUUCAUAGGUCAACAUCUAUUUUAUUUAAUUUUUUUUACAUGUGUUAGAUGGCAUAUCCUAUAAUUCUGUAAUGGUGAGUUUAUUUUAGAUGUAGCUAGCUGGGGUAAAUUGUCCUUUCAAAGUCUUUGGGUUGGCUGGCUAGAAGUUAUUAAAGCUAGUAUAAGUUAAAGCUUUUGUUCAUUAAAUCAAGAGAUUCCUUAUAUUUUAAGGGAAAUAUUUUGCCUGUACAGUCUUAUUUGGCAAUCCAGUUUUAUUUUACAAGUACAGGCAAAAAAGUUCCUACAUGCGUGAUGUUGAUCAAUAAUCCUGUUGAAUAUAUGACCUAACUACUGAACAGCAUUGUGUCUAUAAUUGUUGGAAAGUUUUGUUUAUUGUGACUAUCGCUUGAUGAAGUAUCUAUUAGUGAAAUUCAUGUUCAUGCAUCAUUGCCUGAAGAAAGUGCAAAUGCAAAUGAAUUGUGUGCUAACACUAUAAUUUGUGAAAGAACAUUUGUGAAACAACAUGCUACAGCGAUUUUGCUAAAAACUUUCUCAUCAAGAGAUGGUAUCUCCAUCAGUUCUUCUGGAGAAAACCAUGUUUCCCAAUACUCCAAAGAAUUUCUCAGCCUUGGUCAUUUAAAAUAUUUGGAUUUCAACUCCCAGAAAUCCUCAACCAGUGUGCUGACUGUUGAAUUCUGGGAAUUGAAGUCCACUCGUCAUAGAGAAGUUAAGGUUGAGAAACAUUGCCACUGAUGUCCAUUGGAGCUGAUAACCUACCUUGUGCAUCCUGCUCCCCAUUGUGGAGAUAUGGUCUCAUCUGUUAAUUCUUCACCAUUGCCUGAAGUCCCCGUUGUGGCAUAGCUUUGCUGUAAUUGGCUGUCUGUAACUUGAUUCUUGAGACGUCUGCAUCCCAAAAUCAAGGGGUUAUGUUGAGGAUCAAGAGCACAUUAUGCUCAGUUCCCCCGUAAGCCUCAGAUUAUCCUGGUUUCAUCAGCAGCUGCAUGAAAUAAUUGGGAGACAACAUAUUUUUUUUCAAAUUGUAAUAUUCCUGUGACAAAAUAUAUUCCAUAAAUAUGACAGAUCAGCAAGAAUACACAUUUGUUGACUUUCCCACUGCUGUCCUGACAGCAGUAAUUUAUAGCUUUAUCCAGAACUGUCCUGUGCAUGCAUCAGUAUGUUUCUCUGCCUCUUGUUCUAACUUGACUUGCCAGUUAUUACCUUCAUGUUCUCACCUGAGCAACAGGUCUUGUCAGUUUCAUUUAAUCAGGUGACAGCAAGAGAAAUAAUUACUUUUGACGCCAUCAGCAAUAUGUUAUCUUGGCUGAAUCAAGAUGCUUCCAGUUUCUGUGCAAAAUAUGUUGAAAAGGGCAGUUCUAACAUUCCUGGAUCUGGCUCAGCCAAUUUGCUGUUUCUAUUUCUGCUCCUAUUGACAGUGGAAAUUAAAUGGAAGAACCCUUUGAGCUAUGUAUUCAUUUUCCAUUUAUUCAUGUGUAUUGUUACUACAAUUUACGAAUCUCUCCAUUUGCAAAUACCAUCUAUAUCCUAACUAUUUGCAUUAUUUUUCCUCUAGG